AUGCCUGGGCGUGAAAGCGACACAAUCAACGGGAAGCCGACACCUGAGCAGGCAGCCGCAUCUGAGCGCCACAAGUUGUCGGCUCCAUCAGGCGAUUUUUGGGAUUCUGGAAAAAGCGUAUCGAACAAUGGAUCAUGUGGUAUUUCCGCUUCCGAGGCUUUUGAACGCGCUGCAGCAGCAAUCAAAUCGCCAUCUGCAGAUCCAUCAUCCAUAACGGGGAGUAUGGCCCCUGAUUCUGCCCUCCAAGAAGGGUGUUCUGUGGCCAUCCACAUAAGUUGUUGCCCUCAGAGGCCUAUAGGAGGCAACUCACGCGGGCGUUCCAGCCUACACGAUGACGGUUCCGCCGACGCAGGCAGCGGUGUGAGCGGGAGCCGCUCACAGGAACGGUUCACGAUGAAUGAACGGGAGGUGGAGGCCGCUGAUUCAGUAGCAGGGAUGAAAGAUCCUCAAUCACGACGCAUUUGUAUAUCGCGACAGUGCUCUGGGGUGUGCCCCGCACAGGGGGCAAAAGUCAGAUGCUUUUCAUCCCCAGGGUUCCUGGCUCCAGCGUCGCCAGCCCUUGCGCAGUUAGCUCAUUAUUCACAAGCUGAGGCCACCGUCUCCCCUUUCUGCCAAUUGAGCAGACCGGAGGACACAACACCGGCUACCGGGCCCAGGGAGGUGAAAAUUGGGGCUAACGAGUGCCAGCCGGUUUCACGUGCAAACGAACAAUGCAACCACACUUGUGAUCCAUUUACGGAAGGUUCAUCGAGGGCCAUACAGGAUGAAAGCAAUGUUGGACGAGCUGGUGGGUACUCAGGGGCAGUAUCCUGUGCGCGCAACCAAGAGGAGGCGGUAUCGCCAGGCAAGUCGGCCAAUAGUCAUAGCUGCUUUUCUUCUAACCGGCAGGAAGGGCUGCAAACGGGACAUAAGGCAAGCAAGAAUGAUCCAAUGAUGCAAAAACCGAAUAACGGCACACUGAUAUCUGUGGUCUCCAACGAACGAUCGCCGCAACCUCCAAAUACUUCUUUCCAGAAUACCAGCAAGGAAGGUGGCUGCGCAGAUGAAUCUGCGGAAUCCGCAGCAAAUUCAGUGGACACAUUUUGUCAACAAAAGGAUUCUAGAGGCGCUAGCAUAUCACUCAAGUUGAGAGAACAACGAGAAUGGAAAAGUGUGCAAGAAGUGCGGCACAAUUCUGGUGAUUUUCUCCAGCCCAGACACGGAGCUAGCGCAAACGCAGCUACAAUGGGUGUAACUGUCGAAAAGUUCCUGGCUGAGGAAGGGAGAAGCCCUCGCUCUGUCAAGCAGGGACCUUUCAACACUACACUUGGAUCCGCCGCUGGUGGCCCAUCGUCGCCUGGCUUCGCGGUCUCGUCCCCCACUUCCUUUGAGUUGUUGGAGCGUCUGCAUGAGAACAUCCGUACUGCUAAAACUUCUGCAGUUGUCACGGCAGACAACCUUUCUUACCCAUCGAACCCGAUAAGAACGGAAGCACAAACAAGUACAGAAGACAGCAACGCUUUCCCCUCGGUGCCCAGAAACCAUGUGAAGAAAACAAGCGAGCUAGACAGAAACUGUUUAGUGAAACCAUCAACUUCAGGAUUUCCUCAGCCUUCAGUAUUCUCCGUUUCGUCGCAGCAUAGCCCAUGCUUGUGUCAUUCUCUCCGUACUUGUAUCCAUACAGUACAAUGCGUCGUACCCGGCGGUGCUCAAGUGCCAAUGAGAGGCCCACAAAUACACAGCUAUUUUUAUCCCCUCGGGGAAAAAAAAUUUCCACUGCAGCCUAAUUUCUCGCAUGCAUACAAAGCGCCGAACAAGACAUACAACAACAGCGAAUCAUUGGCAGAUUUCGCACUAAUGGACGAUCUGAAAGUUGCCUGCCCUUCCUCCCCUCCCACUACAGAGAUCCCCUCUCCUUUAAUCCAGCGGCGGACUGCAGACAAUCCAACGCUUCCACUGAUGACGAGAUCAAAUGAAGAUGCAAACAUGAUCAUUACAAACGAGCUGACGCACCAAGCUGAAAGUAACGAUCCCUAUGCGCGAGAUAGAGGAGAAGCUUCAACUUGCGCCGCUAGUGAACUGCGUAAGCGGCAAGCUGCAAAUCCGCACGACAGCAAAGUUCCAAGUUGUGCUUCUGCAGGGAAAUCACCUCAACUGCACGCUUACAGCAGCAUCCAGGACAGGGAAGACCACCAGAGUGGCGCAACGAACCAAGGCCACGUAAACACCCACAAAAUUGCUGGAGAACAACGAGAAGAACGGCACCCCGGCGCAGAACAGGCUGAACGUUCUGCUGCCUUUCUCUAUUUUUCUACGCCUGGCAAUUCAGACAGCAAGUCUACACGCUGCACCUCAGCAGGCCGAAGCCGUGCUAGUCGAUUCCUAGGACACGUUCUUCAAGGCAUGCGCCUUACACGCCUUCGGCACAGAAGUACAAGCGCCCCCAGGAUUCCGUUUACCUCCCUCCUUCACAAGACCUCGGCCGAUUCUGGAGGAGCUAACUGCGAAGAAGGGAAGGCAAUGCCCCAGCUGCCUGGCUGCUGCGUUCGUAUUACAGCGCAGACCGCAAAGAAAACUUUAGCCGUUGAUGAACCACCUGCAGAUUUCAAUACAUUAACACGCGUCAGCAGAGAAAUACGUGGUGGUAAAGCUGGCCCGAAUAUGAAGAUAGGUUCAUCUCCGCGUCCAAACUUUGCAGAAGUCGAACAUAGCACCGCAGGGCGUGAGCAGACGUCUGCAGCAACCCAGAGGUGCGCAGUUCAAACAGCAGCAACGUUUCAGGGUCCCCAAACCCUUGACACGGCCAAAGGCACACUGCGAGUUGGCGCUCCUGUUUUCUCCGUAUCGGCGUCCCACAGCUGCUUCCCGCCCUCGGAUAUGUGCAGUAAUUCACACUCAGAAGACCGUAUAUCAUUGCCAGGUCACUUUGAAGAGAGUUCAGGAGGCAUUCUGCCCUCGAAAAGGUGGUCAACUCACAAUGAGGCUGCGUCCCCCAGCUUUUUCCGCCGCCACGAGGAGGUGAUAGACGGCGCACUUAGGACAACUGCAAAUCCUGGUUGCAUGCCUGACGACUCGGAUGGCUUGAACGAAGCCACAGAUGCACUAGGUACUGAGGAUCGAUACCUGUUUACAGCACGUAAAUCUCCUAUUCGGCAGGAUCUGCACGCUAAUGGUUGUCUAGACACCGCAACAGCAACCGCCUGCCCGUUGACCGUCGCAGCAGGAAAACAAAAAACUGAAGGCGGCUCCCAAAAUCACCUUUCGGAACGCCUUCUGAGGAAUGCAGAGCUGCAAAAGUGGCAGCACCUCCUCCAGCUCAACAAUAUUCUUCAGCAAGGGAGACGGUGA